CGUAGAUUUUAAUACAGAGUUUAUAACAUUAACUAAAAGGGUUAUUCAUUUAAUCGUGCUUAAUAUAACUUAACCUCCAAUAAUCAAAUGAGAACCAGUUUUUUACGUGACAGAACCGUAAGCUCAUGUGGCUCUAACAUAACCUGCAUUUGUAUAAACCAAAAAUAAUUAUUCGAAUCAAUUUAAACAUUUAAAGAGAUGCCCCGAUUACCAUUGCACCCAGCAUCCGGAACUGGUAUUAAUAGUGUAUGGAAGAAAAGUAUACGAUUUGUUCGUUAUGGAUGCGCCAAUAGACCUUUCUUUCAUAUUGUUGUUAUGAACACAAAACAAGGGCAGCAUAAUCCACCGAUAGAACAAUUGGGUAGCUAUGAUCCUAUGGCAAACAAAUAUAAUGAAAAAUUAGUUUCAUUGAAUUUUGAACGUAUAGAAUAUUGGCUAGGACAAAAUGUGGAAGUAUCUAGACCAAUAGCUGCAAUAUUAGGAAUUGCAGGUUUCUUUCCAAUUCAUCCAACAUCAUAUAUGACAGCAUGGAGAAAACGCAAACGUGAUGAAGAAGCUGAAGCAGCUGAAGCAAAUAAAACAUCUGAAGCAGAAACAGAAGGCAAGGCAGAAAUUGCAGGCUAA